AUGGGUACCAUACCUGCUGAUACCCUUGGAUACACGGGUAUGGGUGCGGGUCAAGGUCUGGAGAUCUGCAGGUUUACCCAUCCUAAUAUUGUCAAGUUUUGCACAUGCCCAGAGGCUGUGGCUGCCGAUAUACAGCUCUUUCAAAUGGAAUCAAAAACAGCGUUCACAUUCAAUGUCUUGGAUGACUUCUUGCUGGACAACCUGGAGUGUGGGAUCUCAGUAAUGAAUUAUUACAGCAAAUUAAGGAGGAUGACAAUAUGUGUAUUUCCCAACUUGGUGCUGAACUGUUACAGAGAGCUCAUGAGGGUAGCCAGACAAUGGCAGAAACUGAAGCUCCUGAAAUGGAAUGACUUCAGCCAUGAGGAGAAGGAAGUCAGACCCGGCGAUCUCACUCUCUUCUGUCCGGUGUGUCCCCAGCCAGGGAUCAACCUCACAUUGCCAAUGGGAGAAUCUUCCGAGGCCUGCAAUGCUGACCAAGAAUCCAAUCUGGAGAUGCUGAGUUGGCUUUACACUAGAUCUCUUGUCAUGGACAGAAACUUCAAAGCUGAGCAUCUCCAUGCAAUGGCUGUGGCUUCAUGGUCGGCAAUCUACUCUACAAGAAGCACUUGGCCAUUGCCAACGAUGGCAUUUAACAUUUGGAGUGCAACAAUUACCGGGCAGUCAAUCAGACUGGAAGCCACUGGAAUUGGCGGUUGUGCCUGUGCAAGGCAUGGUUGUUUUGUGCCCCACACAAUGGUGGACUUUCAGAAGGGAGAAAGACAAAUGAACAUGGAUUGUGCACUCUGUGAGGCAUUGAAAGUGAACACCGAAGGAAUUUACCAUGCAUUGACCUUUUAUGAUGUUAACUGUCAGUAUAACAAGCAUCUCAAGGAGCACAUCGCCGAUAGUCCUUUCCUUGAGAUUCAUAGGGAGCUAAAUAUCAUCCCCAGCAUUGGACUAUGGCAUGUUCAUGGCCAUAAAGACAGUUGCUAUGUCAGAUAUGCGUCCAAUUUCGUACCUGGUGCAGCUCAAAUCAACGGCGAGAUCAUGGAGAUACUAAUGAGCAAGUCCCUUUGCUGGAAAUACAAGGAAGCAGUGCAGGGGGUGGCUGACGGUAAACUGGCAUUUGACAGGCUUCAUGAGACCGCCGAUGCCAAUCAAGUCAGCGAUUGGGAAGCCCAGGAGAAGUUGGCGCAGGAACAGCGCCAUAGCGAUCCAACCACAAUGGACAUUUAUGAAGUUCAACUUCAAAAAGGUUACUUCAUUUCCUUUGCAUGGCAGGUCUGUACUUAUGUGACAGCAGCACCAAUAAGAAAGCAGCAAGAGCUACAUUUGUUAGCUGAGCAAGCACAGCACCCAGGGCCUACUCACCGCCACGGCAUGGCAACAUGGCUGGCCAAAGGCCUUGCAAUUGAAGAAGCUCAGGUCACAUUGCAAGUGGAUACACAUCCAACCAACCAACUAACCUCCAAUGGAACUGGGUUCAUUAGAGGCAUAUAUACAUCCAACCAACCAACCAACCUCCAAUGGAACUGGGUUCAUUAGAGGCAUAUAUACAUCCAACCAACCAACUAACCUCCAAUGGAACUGGGUUCAUUAGAGGCAUAUAUACAUCCAACCAACCAACCAACCUCCAAUGGAACUGGGUUCAUUAGAGGCAUAUAUACAUCCAACCAACCAACCAACCUCUAAUGGAACUAGUUCCA